AUGGCAUCCUCAGAAUUCAGCGUCGUUGCGGUAUUGUACCCGAGGAAGGACAAGGCCGAUGAGGUCGUCGGGCUUCUUCAAGAAGUAGCUCAAUACGUCAAAGCCAACGAGCCUGGAACGCUGAAGUACGAGAUCACCCGCUCGCUGCGACCGAACAAGGACGGGACGGAGGACAUCGUCAUGCUUGAGAGAUACAAGGACCAACAGUCUUUGAAGACCCACGGCACGAGCGAGACGUUUACGGGUUUCCAGAAGAAAUUGGCGAAGCUGGAUCUGAUGAGGGCGCCGAUGAUGCUGAAGAUGGUCUCGGAGAAGGGGGGGUUUAGUUCGAGGCUGUAA